UGUCUCAUUGCAAGCAUUCCUAGAGUUGCGUGUUAAGUUUUGACACUAGUGAAGACAGCUCGAUUCGGAAGAAAACGAAAAUGAAGAUCGCCGCCCUUUUGUUCGUCUUCGGAGUGGCCAGCGCUGCCCGUUUGGAGAAGACCUACCUUCCUCCGAUUUCGGCCGCGACGGCUGGAGGUGCGGGGCUCGUUCAAGCUCCCGGAUUGUUCACUGGAGCUUACAAUCCCCAGGCUCACGUCACCGCUGCUGGUUCUUAUCACGGACAACAGAUCGCGAUCACCAAGUACGACAAUCAGAAUAACGCCGACGGAUCUUACCGCUACAAUUACGAAACGGCUAAUGGAAUUUCCGCUGAGGAAACCGGAAUAGCGCGUGGCAACACCGAGGCUGUUUCCGGCUUCUACUCGUACACCGGGACCGAUGGACUCAAGUACACGGUCCACUACACCGCUGAUGAGAACGGUUUCCAUCCCGAAGGUGCUCAUCUUCCGACUCCACCACCUAUUCCCGAAGAAAUACGUCGCGGGGUCGAGUUGUCUCUGGCCGCUGAAGCCCGCGGGGAAAACCAGGGAGGACAGUAUCAUCCCGGGUCUGUCCAGGUGUACAACAACCAGCAUUCCUCAGCCGGAGCCAAUGCCGGAGGCUAUCACUACUUCGCAGCCACAGCUCUUCUCCUGACGAUCGGCGUCGCGGCGGCCGCACGUCUCGAUCACACUUAUCUUCCCCCGGGAUCUGCAGCCUCCGCUGGUGGUGCGGGACUCGUUCAACCCCCCGGAUUCGGCGGCAGCUACAACCGUCCUGCUUCCAUUUCCGCUCCCACCUACAAGGCCCAAAGCGGAUCCUACAACCAAGCUCAGAGCGGAGCUUACCAAGGUCAGACCGAAGCUUACCAAGGUCAGAGUGGAGCUUACCAAGGUCAGAGCGGUGCUUACCAAGGUCAGAAGACGUCCUACAACCAGGGACAAACCGGAUACAGCGGUCAGCAAUACGCCAUUAAGCAGUACAACAACGAUAACAACGGAGAUGGAUCUUACCGGUUCAACUACGAAACUGAGAACGGAAUCUUGGCUCAAGAAGUCGGCGUUCUUCAAGGUGACUCCGAGAGCGUGAGCGGAUCCUACUCGUACACCGGACCCGACGGCGUCAUCUACACGGUCGAAUACACGGCUGGUCCAGACGGCUUCCAUCCCCAGGGAGCCCAUCUGCCAACACCGCCCCCAAUCCCCGAGGAGAUCCGUCGUGGAGUCGAGCUUUCCCUCGCCGCUGAAGCUCGUGGCGAAAAUCAGGAUGGUCAGUACCGUGCCGAGCCCCAGCAGAACAACUACCAGAAGACGAGCUACCAGGGUGCUAGUGUUGGAGUCAACUCGGCCAGCCAUGCUGGAUAUCGGUACUGAUAAGGUUUAUGCGAUGAUAUUUUGUCGAGAGGAUUUCGACCCUGAUGUAUCGGUCUAUGAUAUAUAUUUUUAACACCCCGCGAAUUUAUACACUCAGCUAAUAUGUGCAAUUUUUAAUACCCUCUCUAGUAAUGUGUGUGUAAAUAAAGUUUAAGUUUUUUUAUACAACAAA